GCCCAAAACCGUAUAGUAGACAGAUGGUUCACUGAUCUCAUUCAACGUUAUGUAGAUACCAUUCUUAGGCACGAAUUAGACCCGAUGAAUAAGGACAUUUUCCAUUUCGACACGACCGUGAUUCCAGGGCUACUAUAUCUAGUAGGUCACAUCAGGGACCUACACUGUGUUGGUCUUAGUGCUUUAUACAUCAACUACGUACACUACAACAUUCUAAUGGGCAGACUUGACUUCGAUAUCGUUAUGCCGAGAGUAAAAAUGACCGCGGGCCAAUGGGCAACUAGUGGUCGCUACGGAGACAGUGGAGGCACUGCUGAUGCCUCUGGCAGUCUUGAAAUUCGCGACCUGCGCCUCGUGUGUGACACGCUUCUGACUAUUGUACCUGGUUGGCCUGUCACCAUCCACAACAUCAAUCCUGACCUCACUCUCGGCGAAAUUAGGGCUGACUUCCAGGUUGGAUGGAAGUGCCUGGGCUGCGAAACGGAAAGUGAUAUUUCAGAACGCGUCAACAAUGGAUUGAACGUGGUAUUACCUGGGAUGAUGGAUACCUACAAAAAUGAAAUUAACACAAUGCUCGGAGAAGCCAUAAGGUGGGCUGUUAAUAGGUUCUGGUAGAAGAAAGCCAACUUCAAGACUAAAUAAAAAGUAUCACAUUGAUGGUUAAUUUUUAUUUCAUGAGCUUGAUUUGUUUUGACUCUGAGAUUGUUUUGUUUGUUUAAAUAAAAAUAUUGAAAUAAG